GGGGUGAAACGCGAGCGAUCGAUAACAUGGCUGGAAGCAAUGAUAUUCGCGAGCGUGAAAAGAUCGUGAAGGAGAUUGAGAGAACGAGCGAAUCGAUCCGCGAGAAACAUUGUGCUCUGAAGACCGGUAAGAUCGAGGACGAUAUCGCGGCGAAGAGACAAUUUGGGCCAAUCAUCGAACCGCUGCAAAAAAUCGUUGACAACUCGAUCACGCGCGCGGUGAAAGACGAGCCGGACGAUGACGUGGUUAUAGUACCACGCACCCUGAAGCGCGAGAAGGAAGAGAAGGACGCGAUAUGGAGGAAGAUAAAGAGGAAACGAGCGAACGACUCGUCGGAUCGCGAAUCACGCAAAUCGAAACAGCGUAUCAGCGAUGCACCGCAUGCGCCAUCAAUAACCUCUACGCCGCGUACGACGAUUGGAACCGUACAACCGCCGCCGAUGACUCUUCCAACCGAGGACGUUUUCGAAACCACGGACGAUUCGUUCGCGACGUCCGUUCAACGAGAAGUGCAAACGCCAGAGGGUCAAGAAGCGUUGCGGGCUCAAUUGGGUCCGUUGAGUCAAAAGUACGUCGGGGCUGUCAUACGCCGUGACAAAGACAUAGAUAACAUGUACGGCAUUUAUUUCGGUAGUAAGCGGUUCGAGGUAGACAACAACGAUAACAUACUUCUCGACGAUGUGCGAUACAGAGGUACACCCGGUCUUUACGAGCUGAUUUUCAUGAAACGUUCCGACGAUGUCAUGUACACGGAAGACGAUUUGCAAAAGUACAAGAGCAUGUUGCUGAUGACGAACGCGCAUAGAUGCGAUUACAGCGUGCAGUAUCAGAUAAAGAGUAACAGGGGACACAAGUACAAAUGCGUAAUCGCACCGUUACUACCAACUGAACCUAAGACGAAAUCCGGAAGAGGAUUACCCCGCGCUAUGGCACUGAACGACAAUGCGAUCGAUUACGUGCACUGGGACGAUCCCAACAAGCUGGGGGAUCGUCUACGAUUGCUCGAAGCUUCGCGUCAAGCCGGACACAACGCUCACAACAACGAGAUGCUAUCGAUCAUCGAGGAACUUCGCGAGGCUGGUAUCAUUAUAAAUUAACACGCGUACCGUCAAGCUGAACCAGUCGAUCAACGUCACUCGCAUCGAACAAAUGUCUCUCACCAAAUUUGGACAAUCCGAACGAGGAAACGACGCAACCGGCAACGAUUCGCAUCAGUAUUGGAGCGGAUUAGUAAGAAAGUACGUGCACCGUAACGCUCUGUGUCGUGUCGCUACGGGCUUUGACGCAAAGUCGCACAAGAUUAGCCGUGUAGCGCAACCCGAGACUAAUACCGGCGCCGUUAAUAAACUGUACGUGGAACGGUACGUUGAAACGUUGAGGAAUCAACAGGGAGAAUUUGAGAAGAAACUGAAUGCGUUCGAGAGGGACAUGAAUGGGUACCAGUCCGCGCUAAA